AUUAUCGAUAUAUUCAAAAUGUCGGAAGAGACGGUGCCCAAACACGUCAUCUACUGCGGAGUCUGCAGUCUGCCACCUGAAUAUUGCGAGUUUGGCGGCACAACCAAGAAGUGUGAAGAAUGGCUCGCGGGAGCGCAUCCAGACCUUCAUGCCAAGUUAUACUCGGCAGAAGCGCUACAGCAGAACAUGGCCUCGCUCUCUGUCGACGCCCAAAAACGCGCUGAAAAGGACGCACAGAAGAAAGCCGCUAAAGCAGCGACCGCAGAAGCACGAGCAGCCGAGACACGCGCAUCCUCCAAGAUCCUCAUCAAGCGCAUCGAGCGUAACAAGCGAAAAUACGUGACCGCAGUGCAAGGCCUUGAAGCAUUUGGUCUCGACAUUAAGAAGGUGGCCAAGGACUUUGGCAAGAAGUUCGCAACAGGCUCAAGUGUGACCAAGAUUCCGGGCGGUGGCGAGGAAAUCACAGUCCAGGGAGAUUUGAGCGAGGACAUAUUGGAGUUCCUUGUCGAGAAGUAUGAUGAGGUGCCGGAAGACAAUGUGGAGUUGAUUGAGGAUAAGAAGAAGAAGAAGGCCGAGGGAGGUUGAGCACCUUGUAUAAACACAUACCACGUGCAGAUGCGGAGAGAUGCAGCGCCGAGUCAUUGGAAUGGCGUACGAUACAUGCGGUUCAGCAUGAGCAUUGGAGUUGGUUGGUGAGGAGUAGGCAAUGGAGGCCCGCACAGUAUGAAAGGCAUAGGCCCCAUGGGCCACAGACAGAAUCAGUCUUUAGGUGCUGUACUAGAAGUCAAUCACAGGCUU